AUGACAAUAUGUAUAAAGUCUUUCUUUGGCCAUAUAUCUCUGUAUUUUCGUUUUGAAAUUCCCCCGUAUCUCUCCUUGUCUGUAUCUAUCAAUCAUUUCCCCCUCUAUCUCUCUUCUUUCUACCUCUUCCCUCCCCCUCUCUCUCUCUCUCUCUCUCUCUCAAUCUUGCCUUCUCUCUCUGUUACCCUCGCACUGUUUGCUACGUACUUACGCAUCACAAACAUUAGGUGGCCAACAUGGUGGCUUCGCUUAAGUGAUUCUCUUUCAAAAAUCCCCGUUCAUAUCUAUCUAUCUAUCUAUCUAUCUAUCUAUCUAUCUCAGCGCGUCCAUAUCUAUCUAUCUAUCUAUCUAUCGAUCGAUCGAUCAAUCUCAGCCCGUUCAUAUCUAUCUAUCUAUCUAUCUAUCUAUCUAUCUAUCUAUCUAUCUAUCGAUCGAUCGAUCGAUCUCAGCCCGUUCAUAUCUAUCUAUCUAUCUAUCUAUCUAUCUCAUCCGUUCAUUAUCUAUCUAUCUAUCUAUCUAUCUAUCUAUCUAUCUAUCUAUCUAUCUCAGUCCAUUCAUAUCUAUCUAUCUAUCUAUCUAUCUAUCUAUCUCAGUCCCAUCAUAUCUAUCUAUCUAUCUCAGUCCCAUCAUAUCUAUCUAUCUAUCUAUCUAUCUAUCUAUCUAUCUAUCUAUCUAUCUAUCUCUCUCAGUCUGUUUCUUUCUAUUUUCUUCAUAUCUAUGUUUCUAUCGAUCUCAACCCGUUCAUAUCUAUCUAUAUAUCUAUCUAUCUAUCUAUCUCAGUAUGUUCCCGUCCAUUUUGUACAUUUUCGUUCUAUGUAUCUGUCUAUCUCGAGCUAUCUAUCUUAA